AAUGUAAUGUCUAUUAUAAUGGACAUCACAUUUAUGCUCAACGGUAUCGCAUGUGGCAAAUGGUUUCGACACCAAUUAGACGCCAAUCGGCACAAAACGUUUACACAAAUUACGACACGUUUUUAUUUUGACCGAAUUUUGCGCAUAAUUCCCAUCUAUUAUGUCUCGUUAUACUUUGUAGCGAUGAAUGUGAUCUAUUUUUCCCAGGAUAAUUCUUAUAAUCGACAAUUUGUUAGCUUGUGUCAAACUCAAAUGCCUAUUCAUUUAACAUUUGUGGCUAAUUUAUUCACUAACACUAAAUUAUGCUUCCCAGAAUCAUGGUCGCUUUGUGUGCUAAUGCAAUUUGUUUUGUUAACUCCGGUUUUAAUAUAUCUGAUGUAUCGGAUCAAAUCGAGAUAUAUAACAGCUCAAAUCAAACCAUUCACCCAUGGUGUCCCAUAUUUGGCCGGCCUUUUAUACGGCUAUACAGCUACAGAUAAGCAGCUAUAUAAACACAUUCGCGCUUACCGUUUGUGGCCGACAAUCAUCGCCGGGUUGACAGCUAUAAUGGCGGUGAUUAGCGGCGGACUAAUGCCCGGAGCGUUACACUCGCCGGCGCUUAUGGCCGUCCAUAUGGUGUAUACCGGGGUUUACGCCGUAAUCAUAUGUUUGGCGGCCAUUAUAUACACCGACGAUAACACCAAUCUAUACAACCGUUUCCUAUCCAGCCGUUGGUGGCGACCCAUACGCUCAGUACAGUUGACCUCAUAUUUAUUGCACGACUAUUUCGCACAGCAUUUAUUCGAUGCCUUACCUAUUGGUCUCAAUUGA